CGCCGGCUGCCAUGUAAGCGCCGGCGGGAGGCGCGGCGGCGGCCAGGGGCUGAGCUGGGAGCGGCCAGCGCUCCGGCCCGGCCCGGCCCGGCGGUGCCGCCCUCGCUCCGGGCAUGGGAGCGGAGCGGGGCGGUCGGCGCGGAGGGGAGCUGCCGCGCGGCGCUGACCGGGCGUGGGGGCGGCCGCCGGCGAGCCCCCGGCCCAUGGCCUUCAUCAUGAUGAAGAAGAAGAAGUUCAAGUUCCGCGUGGAGCUGGAGCUGGAGGAGCUCUCCUCCGUGCCCUUCGUCAACGGCAUCCUCUUCUGCAAGGUGCGGCUGCUGGACGGGGGCAGCUUCAGCGGGGAGUCCUCCCGGGAGGUAGUACAGGCAAACUGUGUCCGCUGGAAGAAAAAGUUCUUAUUUAUGUGCAAAAUCAGUGCCAGUGCCACAACGGGAAUUCUGGAUACUUGCAUUUGCAGGGUGUCUGUACGGAAGGAGUUAAAAGGAGGAAAGGCAUAUGCAAAGCUGGGAUUUGCAGAUCUAAAUCUAGCAGAGUUUGCUGGAUCGGGAAAUACCACUCGUCGCUGUUUACUGGAAGGUUAUGAUACCAAAAAUACAAGACAGGAUAACUCCAUUCUCAAAGUUUUGAUCAACAUGCAGCUAAUGUCCGGAGACCCAUGCUUUAAAAUGCCUCCUUCCACAGCAAUGUCUAUAGCAAUUGUUGGAGAACCAGAAUCUUUGCAUGAAGACAGGAAAGGUGGAGAAAACUUAAAAGUAGUACAUCUGGGCAUGACAGAUGUCUCAUCAAAGAGUGCUUCAGUCCCAGAUGAACUUGGUGCAUGUGGACAUUCCAGGACAUCAAGCUAUGCAAGUCAGCAGUCAAAACUGUCAGGAUAUAGCACAUGUCACUCUAGAUCAUCCAGCCUGUCCGAACUCUGCCACAGGAGAAACACCUCGGUGGGUAGUACCUCAAUAGGAAUUGGAAGUAUUCUAGAGCCAUGUGAAGAGACUAAGCCAAAAGUAACUGAAGCUAAUAUUGAUACAUCUGUUAAAGAUGUAUCAGAAAAACUCUGCAGACAUCCUGUAAAGCAAGACUCUGUGGAGUCACAGCUGAAGAGAGUUGAUGCUACCAGAGUUGAUGCUGAUGAUAUAGUUGAAAAAAUACUCCAGAGUCAAGACUUCAGUUUAGACUCAAGUGCAGAAGAAGAAGGUUUAAGAUUAUUUGUGGGCCCUGGUGGAAGCACUUCUUUUGGAAGCCAUCAUUUACCUAACAGAGUAGGAUCUGGAGCAUAUGAGCAGGUGGUGAUAAAACGCUAGACUAGAAUGACAAACGAGGAAAACUUGGAGCUCUGGCAUUGAUACUUCUGGUUUUCUUUGCUCUGUUGCAAGGGUUGUGAAAGCCAAAAUGAACUCAAUGUGAUCUUUUUUUGAAAAGUAAUGGAAUGCCUCUUACUCAUAGAGCUUCAUCUUCUGUGGUAUGAAGGCAAUGUUUAGCUAUGUAUACCUUGUGCAAGCACUUGGACUGUUUUUGUAAGAUCUACCUGAUGUUAGUGGUAUUACUUGCUUUUUAAAUUGUGUGAAACAUUUUUUGGAAGCAUGAUGAAGUGAGUCCCAUUUCAGUAUUUUAUAUGGGAGAUCACUUGUGGUGAUGUACUUUGUUCAUAACUUAUUUCUAAAGAAGGUUCUGAAAGUUUGUCUUAAAUGAACCUGAAGAAACUAAUUAGUCAGUUUGAUCCUACCUGCUGUUUUAGCCUUACAGAAGCUAAUUACUUCUAUCAAGUCAAAAUUAAGGCCUCCAUAAAACAGCCCAGCUAUGUUUUAACAUAAACAAAACCUCUUAGGAGUACUGAGCAUAACUUCACUGUAAGGUUGAACAGCAGAGGUGAACUUCACAUGCAUUUUAAAAAAACCCAACUAAAUACAUCUAAACCAGCCAGUAAUCAGUUGUGUUAAUUGUAAAUGAAGUCUAGAUGCUUAAAUGCAUCAAAUGUGACAUCUGUUUUUAUGCAAGUGACAAAAGAAGUGGGAUUCCACAUCAAAAUACUAAGGCAUAGUAGUGUAUUAUGAAGAAUGCUAGCUUGAUUAUUAAAUCUGGAGUUCAAAAGCUGCUUCCACAGAAACUCUCUUCAGUAAUGCAUGAACCUUGAGAUUCAAUGGGAUGGUACUGUUUACAAACCUAGUCAGUAGUUUACUACCACUUAGAACUUUUUAUUGUAGCUUAAUCCUUCACAGUUAGUUAGUGCUUUGCUCAUGUUUUGAAUGUGCCUUGCGGGACUGGGGAGGUACAGGGAGAUUAACCUAUUUACUAAGCAACCUAGUCUUUAAAACUAGGUAAACAUCUAUACUAUUAUCAAUAUAACUUAUUAAGAGAAGCACUUUAUUGUAGACGAACUCUGCACUCUGAAAACGUCUUACUGUGCAACAUAUUUGUCGAACACUUCUUUCACUAUCUGUCUACUGUUACAUUAAGGUCAAUGUACUGUAUUUAAAGUUGCACAAACAGUGAUUUGCCUGACAGGCAAGAAAGAUCUCUUAAAAUUGAGAAUUAUGAAAGAAUCCAUUUUUAAAGGGAUGUGUUAGAUGACACAAUUCUCAUUCAGGCUGGGCUCUGCUGUAUUUAAGUGUAAACUGCAAAUGACCUUAAUUUUGUUAUGAUUAGUUGCAUUGUUUAUGAGUAAGGCUUAGAUUAAAUAAAAAUACAAAUAGUGUGGCCAUUUUUUUAAGCUCCAAAUGCUUCAAAUUCUGCUCAGAGUGAUGUUUGACACCCUUUUAUUGAAGUAGGCCAUAUUUAAUAGGUUAAAUUAGGAAAAGCAGGCUUUGUUUUCCAUAAAUCCACAGUAGAAUUAUUAAACUAAUUUCUAUUUGUGUUUUUUAAGGAAAUUUCAGAUUUUAAAGCUUGAGUACUGUUGUUGAAUAUGAUGAAUAUGAGGUAUUUCUCAGUUAUGGUACUUAAAUACUUUUAUUUCCUACUGUUAAUUAUAAUAUUUUUAAAGUGUUUUAAUGGGUAAAAGAAUUAAUACAAAGACUAUAUUUUAGCUGCUAUUAAUAGAAGUGUGGUAUUAUCCAUUUCUGUCCUCCAUGGGAAUUUUAAACAGAACCUAUGUAAGUGCUAGUAUACAACUAUCUCUCAGAACAUGAUAGUUUCCUUUCCUGUUAUAUAACUAAUUUGUACCAAAAAAAUCCUACUGCAAGCUAAAAGAUGCAUGAAAUUUGAAUAAAUUAGUUGCUUUCAGUACUCUUUAACACUGCUAUGUUUGUUGACAAAUCUGUUAAACCCAGUAGUAGUUAGAUGGUAGCUUACUUAAGCUUACUAGGAAAGAUAGGCAUAGUUUGAGGAAAACAGACUUUUAAAAAACAUUGUACAGCUACUUAUGUAAUUCUUAAGGGAAUUUCCAUAGCCCAAAUUUGUAUUCUAUGUUAAAAGACACAGCUAACUGCCAUAGAUAUUUUGUUUACUAGAAAUCAAUUAUUUUCUUGCCUGAGCAGAUCUUUUAAAUAGGAAGCUUACACAGAAAUCAAGCUUUUAAUAAAACUGUAUCCUAGUAAUUUAUUGUUCUGAGUUUGAGUUACAACUCUUUAUGAAGUGAUUCUCUAAUUGUGCAUAUUUUAAGUGGAAUAUAACCUUCAUAUUUAGAUGUAGUUUGUUUUUUUGUUUUUGGUUUUUGGGUUUUUUUUGGUAAACUGUGUUAUAAGAAUACUGGAGACUCUCAUAUAGUAAACUAUUCAGGAUGUGUUGGUGGCUUGUGGGUUUUUUGGUUGUGUUUUCUUUUUUUUUUACUGUAUUUAAAUGCAAAUCUCUCAGACAUUCAAUAAACUCAUGUCUUCAGCUUGGAA